AUCGACCGUAAGCUCCGGCGUUGGGGUCACGCGUAUCAGUCCGGGGAAAGGAACAGGAAACACCCAGCAUGCCGUCGUCAACCAAAGUGCGUAGUUCGUUCGCCGUGCGGGGCUUCGCUCUCGGCCUGCUGCUGACGCUGGCAGCGACGGUUCGCGGUGGCUCGCUAGUGCACGAGCUGACGGUGGAGGCUGGCGAACUGGUGGGCAGCUGCCUGCGCCGGUCGGCCGCCUCCCGGUGGGACUGCGUGAAGAACGAAAGCCUGGCCGCGGUGCAGCAGCUUUCGGACGCACCGAGAAUUGUGCUGCUGGAGGGAAUACAGCUGGUGCGGAGCAGUGACGAGCCGGGAAACAGGCACGAGACGCAUAGCCCAUCGGCCGUCGGAGAGCAAGAUGGUACCAUUGCAGCCACGUGGAGUGGCGCUGUGCUGAGCGCACUGAGGCGGCUGUUGGACACGCACGUGCUGGAGGUGGAUCUGGCGUAUCCGAAUGGCGCAUCGGCGAGCCGCGCAUACGGCGAAGGACGUCACCGGCGCCGCCAGCAGAUGAUACCGAUGAUGAUCUUCGGCGUGACCGUGUUCGGCAUGUUCAUCAUCCCGAUCGCGUUCCAGUUCCUGACCGCGCUCAGCGGCAAAGCGUUCCUGAUGGCGAAGCUGGCCCUGCUGCUCGCCUCGAUGAACGGCCUCAAACGGGUGGCAUCAGCGGGCGUGCACUACGGGCUGUACCAUGCGGUCGACCAGCAUCCCGUACCGGCGCCGCAUCCACCGCCCCCGUUCCAUCAGCACUCGCACGCCCUGCCGCUGCUGUACGACCGUGCCGAGGGACUGUACGCGGAUGGGCCGCGGCGCAGCAGUGGCGGCACGGACUGGCGCCAUUUUUGAGCCGCCUAGCAAACGGCGUCAUCCUAGCAAACAAUUCCAGAAAGCUAUUAUAGUUUUAUUUAUUGCGUUCCGCUUCCGCGUUUUUAUAGCUGCUUGUUGUCAUUAGUGGUCCGAGGGAGGGAGGUUUUUUUUUUUGUAUUCCUUGUUGGACCCUAAUCCAAAAACCGCAAAUAUAGAGAGCUUUUGAUAGGACCGUGCCGUA